AUGUUUUUUGGAAGGAUAGCAAAGUUUAUUAGCAAAUUAAAACACAGCUCAUUAGAUAAAUUUUCCAAUUAUUUAUAUAAAUAUGCGGGGUUUGUAUAUGAUAGACCAUAUACAGUAAUCUUUUUAAGUUUACUAGGAUGUGGAUUACUGUCAACAGGAUUUUAUUAUAAAGAAAAUGAAAAGGAUGUAUUUAAAUUAUACUCUAUAGCAAGUGAAUAUGCCUAUGAUGAUAGUAAAAUGAUAAAUGACUUUUUUCUAAGAAAUAGAAAUGCAAUAAUAUUAAUAGAAUCGAAUUUUAAUUUAUUACAAGAACACAUUUUAACUGAAUUAAAAACGUUUGAGGAUAAAAUCUAUGAUUUAAAAGUUGAUUGUUCUGAAGUUAUAGAAUGUAAACCAGAUGAUUAUACAGAUAUUGAUCAAACAGAAGUAGCAAGAAAAGUAUUUCAAAGAUUACAUGAUAAUAUAGAUCCCGAUGCUAAUUAUGAUUGGAAACCAAGUUUAUCUUCCCUUGGACUUAAAUUUUCUAUAAGUAAUUGGUUUCGUUCGAAAAAAAAAAAAAUAGCAAAACCAGAAAAUACUGAGGAUGAUGAUGAAAAGGAGGAUGAAGAAGAAAAUGUCAAUGACAAUGAAGACGACGACGAUGAAGAUGAAGAAGAAGAUCCUAAUAGAAGCAUCAAUCAUAAUGAUAUAAAAAAGAAAUUUAUGGAUGCUUUAGAUUUUGUUCAGGAAAGAAUAGAAAUAUUAAAAAAUUUAUUUAUUUCAUUACAAGGUAAAAAAAAAAGAGUAAUGCCUUCAGAAGAAAAGAUUGCACCAACUUACGAAGAAUUUGAAAAUGAUGAAUUUUAUCCCCCAUAUUAUAUACCUCCAUUAUUAGUGAAAGAAGAUCGAUGUAUAUUUAACAAUGUAUUUAAACAUAGAGACGAAGAUUUAAAUUUAAGAACCGCAAGUUAUUUGGAAAAAAAACAAGUAACAUUUGGUAUAGAAGAUUUAUGUCCAAAAAGAUAUGAUGAAUGUGAAAAAAGUUCACUAUUUUUAUAUUAUGAAAAAGGAAAUGCAAAACUUCGUGAUCCAAUUACAGUAGAUAAUUUAAAUUUUUAUGUAAAUAGAAAAACAUAUAAAGGUAUGAUACUUAAAUCAAUAUUUGGAAAUCCUGAAUAUACAGAGAAUGGAUCAACUUAUACUUAUAAAUAUACAAAUUCAUUAGUCACAGUAUUUCAGUUACAUAAUUCACAUACCUAUGAGCCAUAUGCUCUAGCUUUUGAAACAAAAUUAAUUGAUUAUGUUAGAAAUUAUAAUAUUGAUCAUGUAAUAGAUCCAAAUGAAGAAACAAAUGAUAAUAAUCCACCAUAUGUUCGUUUUCAUGUUUUUGCUGAAAGAAGUUUUGAAGAUGAAGUUGACAGAAUAUCAAAAUUAGAUAAAUUAACAUUGAUGUUAUUUUUAAUUGGAAUACUUUUAAUCUUUAUGUAUGUCUUAUUUAAUAAUGUUACUUCCGUUUUGUAUAGAAGUAAACCUCUUUGUGCAGUUGUUGGUAUAUUAUGUGGAUUUUUAGGAUAUCUAGCAGGGUCAGGAUUUUUAUUUUUUAUAGGAAUUAAAGCUGUACCUCCUGCAGAAACAGUUCCCUUUUUAGUUAUAGGGGUUUGUGUUGAUGAUGUGUUUGUUAUAAUUAAUUCAUAUUCUUUAUUAUUUAUGAUUAAAGAUGACAGAAAGAGAAUUCAAAUGUGUUUAAGAGAUAGUGCCGUAGCAAUUACAGUAACAACUUUAACUAACGUUAUCGCAUUUUUAAUUAGUGCAAUAUCACCAUUUUAUGCUAUUUACAGUUUUUCUUUAUUUACUACAAGUGCAUUAUUUUUCAGUUACCUAAUGGUUGUCACAAUUUUGGUUAGUAUAUUAUGUAUAGAAGCCCGUUUAGAGAAAGAAAAAAAAAAUAUUUUUUCGCCUAUCAUAAGUUUAGUAUCUUCAUGUUUUUGUAAAGAUUCAAGAAGUAAAAAAAAUAAUGCAGGCGCUAAUAAUGAGUUAUCAUUGGAUAUAUUGACUGAAGAAGAACAAGAAAGAGCUUGUGCUGAAUAUGAAAGUCUUUCUAUUUAUCAAUGGAUUCACAAUUUAUAUCUAUUUGAGGAAUCUAUUAAUAAGAAGAAAGAUAAACCUUCUUCUAAAUCAAAAAAGAAAGGAGAUGAUCAAUGCACCAUUGUGGAUGUCGCUCCAGGAGGUCGAGAUUCUAAAGGAUGCAAACAAACCUCAAAACAUCGAUCAAAUUAUAAAGAUAAUUCGAAGAAAAAUACUCAAGGUUCUACAUCUAAAGUAUAUCCUUCAAAUACUAACCAAAAAGAUGAAAAUGAUAAUUCAAGCAAUUAUACACAUUAUAAUAUAAAUGGUGAUACAAAUAAAAAUAAUGGUGCUAGUGCAUCUAUUGGAAAUGGAGAACCCAUUGGAAGAACAGCAGAAAGUGAUAAUAUAAAUAACAAUUAUGAAUCCCAAACAGAUUUAAGAAGUAUUGAAGUAAAUUCAAGUAGCUCUAUAUUACAUACAUCAAAUGAAAUAUCAUCAUGCUUGAAUGAUAGUAAUGCAACUCAAAAUUAUAAAGAAAAUGAUAAGGAUGCUUCGAAGAAAGGACAUGACAAAGAUGGACAUAACAAUGAUGAAGAAGGAAAUCGAAACAAAACAAAAGAUCGUGAAAUUAGUACUUAUACAAAGGGUGAAAAUCAAAAAAUAUAUAUGUUAAAUGCUCAUGAUAAUAUAUUAUUUUAUAAAUAUAUAUAUAAAGAACCAAAAGGAAAUAUAGGAAAAUGUUUCCGUAAACUUAUAAAAAAUUAUUAUAUACCAUUUUUAUCAUCAAGAAUAGGAAAAGUAUUUGUAUAUAUAUUAUUUACAUUUAUUAUUAUUUUAUCAUUAUAUGGUUGUACAUUUAUAAAAAAAGGAAUAAGAUAUGUUAAAGCAUUUCCAACAGAUUCAUAUAUACGAAUGUUUAUUGAACAAAGAGCAAUACAUUUUCCAAAUCUCGGAGAUAUAAUUGAAGUUUAUUAUGUUGAUAAAAACUUUGCAAAUAAGUAUCGAAAAUUACGUAAUGAAUAUUUUGAUGAUGAUAUUUCAAAUUCAUAUUUAGCAUUUUCAUUUUUAAAGGAUCUAGAAGAAAAUGAAGUACUUCCAGAUAUUGAGCCAGCCAAUACAGGUAUACAAUGGGAGAAAACGUCAAUCCAUGAAAAACUAAAACAAGUUCAUCAAACUCUUGAGAAACAAGAUUUUAUAUCUGGUAUAUCGAAUGGUUUUGAUUUUUUUAUAAACGCUAAUAGUAGUAAAUUGGAAAGUGAAGACCCUGAUGUUUUUUAUAAUACAUUUAUGGAUUGGGUAAAAAAUGAUUAUACAGGAAAUAUGUUUAAAGAUGAUUUUAUAUUUUUAAAUAAACGGCUAGUAGCAUGGAAAUUUAAAUAUGUACAAAUAACCACUGAUGAUUCAGAAUAUUCCUCUAAAUGGUUAAAACAAUGUAAUGAAAUUGCAAAAAUCGAAGAUGAAAAUAUUCAAUUACUUUGUUAUCAUAUAAGUUAUAUCUUUUAUGAAACGGAUGAAAUUAUUAUGGAAAUAACUCUUAAAACUAUGGGAAUAACUAUUGUUACUAUAUUAUUUGUAACCGCUUAUAUAGUUCAAGGAUUUAGUUCAUGUUUUAUUAUAGCAAUGAUUAUAUUACUUAUCGAUUUAUCCAUUUUUGGAUUUAUGUGUUUGUGCGGAAUAACUGUUAAUAUUAUUUCUAUGGUUAUCUUAGUUCUUUCAAUUGGUUUCUCUAUCGAUCACACGUCGCACAUUGUACAGUCAUUCACACAUAGUAUUGGAAGAACUCGGAAUGAAAAGAUGAAAGAAAGUUUGUAUUUAAUGAUGGGCCCUGUUUUACACAGUGGUUUAUCAACAUGGUGUAUUAUAAGUACCUUAUUUUUUUCGAACAAAGAUUUUACUGUCAUAUUCUUUCAAACACUAUCUUUGGUUUUAUUUUUUUCAGUGAUAUAUUCUUCCAUGUUUUUACCAGUUCUUCUUUCAAGUAUUGGCCCAUUAUAG